AUGAAUCCCAGUGCUGCGACUUCGAGCCCCGUCCAGGGCCGGGGCCCCUCUCGACCGCUUCACGCCCCAGCGAAGUUGCAUGCCCCCGCCCUGGAGGAAGUCCACGACCUCCUGAGCGUGGGCUUCGGACCAGCCUCCCUCGCCGUUGCCAUCGCCCUCAGCGACUCACUGCAGCAGGCCCAGGCAGAGGUCGGACAGGUGGCCAACGUCCCCAGAGUCCGCUUUCUCGAGAAGCAAAGGUCGUUCAAAUGGCACUCGGGGAUGCUGCUCCCCGGCGCCAAAAUGCAAAUAUCCUUCAUCAAAGACCUGGCCACCCUUCGAGAUCCCCGCAGCUAUUUCACCUUUCUGAACUAUCUGAAAGAGCACGAUCGUCUUGUUUCGUUUACCAAUCUUUCUACCUUCUUGCCCUCCCGCCUGGAGUUCGACGAUUAUCUCCAGUGGGCGGCCCGUCACUUUGACAACGUGGUGGAAUAUGGCCAGCAGGUUGAGUCCAUACGUCCCCACAAACUGGGUGGCCAGCGACGAAAGUACGACUGCUUCGAGGUGGUCUCGCGCAACCUGGCCACGGGGGAGACGACUAGUUUCUUGACUCGAAACGUCAUCAUCGCAGCUGGCGGCACUCCGGUCAUUCCGGCCAUCUUCAAAGGCUACGGUGACAGAGCCUUGCACUCGUCGGAAUACCUUACCAAGAUCGAGCGAGUCUUGCCGGACAAGGCAACGCCGUACAGCAUCGCCGUCGUCGGAUCUGGUCAAAGCGGCGCCGAAGUCUUCAAUGACCUUCACAGUCGGUAUCCCAACGCCACGACAAGGCUGAUCUUCCGGGACACUGCAUUGCGACCAAGUGACGACUCUCCAUUUGUCAACGAAGUGUUUAAUCCUGACGCGAUUGACACCUUCUUCGAGGCAACCAUGGAUGUCCGUAACUACAGCCUGAAUAAAAACAGGGCUACCAACUACAGUGUUGUCAGACUGGAGCUCAUCGAAAAGAUAUAUGACGAGCUAUAUCUUCAGGGGAUCAAAGAGCCAGACCCAGUUCGCUGGCAACAUCGACUUCUGUCGGCACGAAAGAUCGUCGGAGUUGGAGAGGACGAAGCGAAGACCCAACUGAGGCUGAUGAUGCUCAGCUCAGACCCGUCACGGAAGAGGCCUCAGGAAAUCCUAAGUUUUGACUGCGUCGUGCUCGCCACAGGGUACCGACGGGACUCGCACAUUGCCAUGCUCAAGGGUUGUCAGCCAAUCAACGCAGAACCAACCGGACAAUGGCAACCUGGCCGUGACUACGGGCUGAAGCUGAAUCGCGAAACUGUUGCAGAAGGCACGGGCAUUUGGCUACAAGGCUGCAACGAAAAAACCCACGGAUUGUCAGAUUCACUGUUGUCGGUCUUGUCCACGCGGAGUGCAGAGCUGGUAGAGUCCAUCUUUGGUAAAAAUUUCAAUCUGGGCAGCCGUUGA